CAAGAAAGUACGUAAAAAAGCAAGAUGGAACAAGUGACUUCAGGAUGGAGACGUUAUGCACUAGUGCAACCGCCUAUUAUGAUAUUAAUAUUUGCUCAAGCAAUAACAAGCAAUAUUUUCACAGAUUUAAUAGUAUAUCGUACCUGUAGCGUGAUAUUAAAUAUGAAUGAGACAGAAUGUUUGUUACUACAUAAAAAUAGUAGUUCUGCAGAGGCGUUAAAAAUAGAUGCUCAAGCUCAACCCAAAGCAAGCUUAAUUAUAAUGACUAAAUCAAUAAUCGAAAGCAUAAUACCUGCUUUAUUAUCAUUAUUCCUGGGUCCAUGGAGCGAUAUGUACGGCAGAAAGUCUAUUAUGCUGGCUGGAUAUGCUGGUAUUUCAAUGAGUUCUUUCAUUUUAUCCUUCAUGACUCUCUGGGAUAUCAAUCCUUGGUUCAUGUUAAUUGCUUCUCUGCCUUAUACGUGCCUUGGAGGAUUUUGCGUAAUUUUAUUAGGUAGUAUUUGCUAUAUAACUGAUAUAUCACAUGAACAAGAAAGAGGGUGGCAAUUAGCUUGGAUGGAUGCUUUAAUAUUCACUGGUGCUGUAACUGGUAUAUUAGCUGGUCCUGUAAUAUAUCAAGCAUAUGGAUAUACAGCCGUAUUUGUUUGCUCCACCCUAUGCUGCAUCUUAGCUGGAUUGUAUGUUUGUUUUUUGGUUCCAGAGACUAUACGCAACACAGAUUCAGGAACAGUGAAGAGUUUAUUCGAUACACGUUUGGUAAAAGAACUCUUCAGUACAUGUACCAAGGAACGAGAUGGUUUUAAUCGGUACAUAGUCUGGUGUUGCAUACUUUGCAUUACUCUGAGAGUCAUUAUUAUGGAAGGUGAAUCCACCAUCGGGUUUUUAUUUGCUAGUGCCAGGCUCGGCUGGGACGUGAAGAAAUACUCUAUUUACAUGGCUAUGAAUAUGAUAUUUGCUAUUGUUGGGAUAAUGUUUGGAGUAAAGCUUUUGGUAACGUACGGAGGUACAUCAAUUGCAUUCGAGGAAUAUAAACAACGAGAAAUAUUUGUUAAAGAGAAAAAUACUUUCGUAGGAAUAUCCGAAAAAGUUGCAGUUAUAUUGUCGUCGUUGUCUUCCUUAUGCUUUUCCUUGGUUCUAAGUUUCACAUGGAAAUCCUGGCAAAUGUACCUGGCUACAGCAUUAGGAAUAUUCGGCAGCGUUUCCAAUCCUAUGCUGCGUACUAUAUUAUCUAAAUCAGUGCCUCCAGUAGAUACUGGUAAAAUAUUUUCUAUGACAGUGUCUAUCGAAACACUGACUCCACUUGUCGCAGCCUCUUUGUACAGUUUGAUUUAUUCACAUUUUAUGCCACCCUUGUAUCCAGUACCUGUGUGGUUACUUUCCGUCGGAAUUAACAUUAUUAUGAUACUUAUCGUAAUGAGUAUGAAAGAAUCCAGCACAAUAAGACAUACGCCAUUGAUCGAAGAUGUUAACACAUUGCCAUAAAUCUUGAUAAACAUUUAUAACGUAUACUUAUACUUACAAUGGAAUGAUUGUAGUU